CACACACACACACACACACACACGGAGCCGUAGUAGGCGGAGGCUGGAAGGCAACACACACACACACACGCUGGAGGGAACCCCAUCAGCUGUGGAAAGAAACACAGCUCGAUUUUACUUUUCGCUUAUUCCUUUUCUCCUCCUCAGAUUGAAUUUUAGAGCGGGGUUUCAGGGUCUCCGCCUUUGCGGGUUCUGCGAUACUAGCGGAAAACGCAGCACUUGAACGAGAGCACACGAGUGGGAAGGGGAAGAAAACAGCAAACACGAACUCCAGAAGGUGGCUUUGAAAGCAUGGACUAUGUCAGGAUGCCGACAGAGAAGAUAACGUCCCUGCAGCACUUCAAGCGGACGGAGAAGGAUGUUAUCGGCGGACUCUGCAGCCUGGCGAACAUCCCCCUCAGUCCUGAGACGGCCCAGGACCAGGAGAGACGGAUCCGUCGGGAAAUCGCCAACAGCAACGAGCGGCGGCGUAUGCAGAGCAUCAACGCUGGAUUUCAGUCCCUCAAAACACUCCUGCCACACACAGAUGGGGAGAAGCUCAGCAAGGCCGCCAUCCUUCAACAAACGGCGGACUACAUCUUUAGCUUGGAGCAGGAGAAAACCCAGCUGCUAACCCAGAACAACCAGCUCAAACGCUUCAUUCAGGAGUUCAGCGGCUCCUCGCCCAAAAGGAGGCGAGCCGAGGAGAAGGACGAGGGCAUCGGGUCUCCGGACACGCUGGAGGAGGAGAAGGUGGAGGAGCUGAGGAGGGAGAUGAUCGAGCUGCGGCAGCAGCUGGACAAGGAGCGCUCGGCUCGCAUGCAGCUGGAGGAGCAGGUGAUCUCAGCUGUGCGGUCUCUGGACGGCCAGCUACACCCAGAGCGUCUGAAGGUGAUCACCCAGCAGGUGGAGGAGGAGCAAGCCCUCAUCCAGAGCCAGACGCUGCUGCGGCUACAGCAGAUCCACGCCGCCGCCGACAGACAAACACACAGUCCUCAGGUGCUGGCUCCGCCCACUCCGCCUGCCCCAACCCACCACCCCACUGUCAUCGUCCCAGCCCCAACACUAAACCAACACCAUCACGUCACUGUGGUGACCAUGAGCCCAUCUGUCCACACCAGCACCGUGUCCACUUCCAGACAGAACCUGGACACCAUUGUGCAGGCCAUCCAGCACAUCGAGCGCACCCAGGAGAGAAGAGGCAGCUCCGAGGACGAGCAGAGGAGAGCGGUCAUCGUCAGCCCCACCCACGUCGCCAUGGACACCGCCUGCUCGGACACGGACACGGACACGGAGGGUGAAGACUGUUUGAUGAACUGACCCGCCCCCCACCCUGAACUCCUGCCGAACCCCGUCCCUCCAACACGCACACAAACACUUAAGACACCCCACUCACUGUAAGAUUCCCUCCAGGAGCUUGACUACUCAUGUUAAUCUGUCUUUGGCAUUACCUAAACUCCUAAAUCCAGUGGUUUAAGCUCUGCGUCAAGUUUUGUACUGUAAUUUUUCGGAGUAUAGAAGAGGUGCAGGAUCUGUUGGGUCUCUGCAGCUACUUGAAUAAUCAAACGGUCUACUUGUAGACAAAAAAGGCUGUUGGCCCCCUGAUGUUUCUCGUUUGUGCGUGCUCUCCACAUAGUCCCGGAAUCAUCGUCGCCCUCUUUCUGUCACUCCUGACAGUGCAGCUACAUCUACUGGAGUCAGUUUAUCAGAAGGAUGAAUGUAACGACACAAUAAGCAAGGAGAUCCUUAUUCCCAUGUUUUCUGUUUUUCGUAUAUUUCUGGUGGCUGUCAAAUCUUAAGCUAUUUAAUACUAAAUUUUGAAAUUUGAACCAACACAUAAAAUCUUACUUGAAGAAAAGAAAAAAAAAAAAAGCUGUUUUUAAACUCUAAAUAAGCCCUUAGGAAUAAGCUGAAUUCCUUCUCUGGUCUUUCAGUUUAGAUGUUUUAUAUAUAACAUUGUUAAGUGUCAGGGUCGCCAAUCGUUGAAGGUUUUGUCCUAAUUUAAAAUUAGUCGACUUUUUUUUUUCUUUUUUCGUUUUUUUUAUUUGCUUGUUUUGUUUGUUCUUAAAAGGAGGGAGGAGAAAAACGCACCAUUACGUUUUUAACUUAAUGUCGGCUUGUUGCAUGAAAAACAUUCAGGUGCCGCAUUUUUGUAAAUAAGCGAUCAACCCGAGACGGUUUGACUGAAUCAGACUCUCUGGAAUCUACAAAUAUUUCCAUCGAAGUUCUGAAACAGAUGGGCAUGAAUCAUGUUUCCAGCAUUUCCCCCUAAGGGCCUGAAUCCACCAUCUGGUCUUGGUGACUAUGCACUUGAGAUGUUGGGAUUUAUGCAAUUCCAUCUUUUGUACACUUGUUCCUUUUUUUUUUUUUUUUGUAUUUCGUUGUCGCUAUCAUUUAAACAUAGGUUGAAGUUCUCUAUGCACCGUGUAUGAAACUUGACGUGUUUAAAUGGAAGAAUGUAGUACUUAAGAGGUGCUUGUUUUAGUCGUCACCGAUCUGCAGGGGCGCAACGAGCCGAGGCCAAAAGUACCUGCAAUAAGUCACCUUCAGUCAGAUAUUAAGUUGAACUCGACAACACAGGAAUUAAAUUUCUGGUGUCCUUUCUUACAAAACAAAAAACAAUCCCACAAAGCAAAGUUUAACCAGCAAUAGAUUCUCAUGGUUUGAGUAAAAAUACAACGGUGUCACAGUUUGUACAGAAAACAGAAUAGCAACAGCUAUCCCUGCUGGUGACGUGCAAAAUUAGACUUUUUUUAUUUUUUUUUUUUUUUUUUUAACCCAAAAUAAGCCUGUAGUAUAGGAGCCUUCUUUAAGCCAGCUGUCCAGCAGAGCACAGCAUCAGGUGUGCUCUGCCUGCGUAUUUUUAUUAUUAUUAUUUUACACAUAGCGUGGCUAUAGAAGACAACUUUAUUUACAGUCAUAUCCGGCAACUUCAUCGACCGUGGAGGCACCAGGCACGGACCAGUUUGUUUUGGUAGAAACUGCUUUAUGAGCUUCUGUUCUGAACAGCAGCAAGUUAUUCCAGCAGCUGCUAAGAUGAUAUAUUUAUCCGUUAUACUUGCGAUGAAUAACUUGCUUGUGUCUUUUGGGGUUAGGGAGUAUUUCCGAAUGCAGAGGUUUGUUGGUGAUGCAAGCAAGACGAAAGGGAGCGAUUCCCAUUUUCAUCCCGAGAAAACUCCAGUACUUAGCUUGGCAACUUAUUAAUAAUACAUCUAAAGCACAAAAAAAAAUGUUCUUGCUUUUAGACGGUAACGCCUCAAACGUCGAUAUUCCUCCCAACGGAUGACCAUGCCUGGCGCCUCCAUUUUCUGAAGUUAUUGCUUCAAGAAAACAAGGAGUCGGAGUGUUUUUCUUCCCCCCUAACGUACAAACACGCACUGUAACGCUUUGAUGAAUUUAGGGAAACAAAUCGAUUGACAAAGGAGACAAAUUCCAUGGCUUUUAGCGGGAAAACCGAAGCCCGGGCAUCAGACACACUAACAGCGAAGUUUUUGACGUCGAAAAGUUGAAGAGAAGUGCAGAUGUGCCGCUCGUAAUCUCCCUUGCCCCCCGCGCAGCCCCGCUUUCUGUUUGAAAUGCCCCCGCAGCCCCUGUGCGCCUCAUGUUACUUUGCUCGUGUUUCUGCUGGGACUCUGACUGGAACCCCCCACCCCGAGCUGCAGCGCCUCUCUCCUGUCACACUCGAUUCGAGUCGCUGAUUUGAUGCUGUAAACAUUCCUUCUUUUGGAUUCGUUUCUGUCUAUUGAUGUUGUGUGUUCUUUUGCCAACCAAAUGCAUCUUAUUUUCAUUUUCUUGUCUUAAAGUAGUUUUUGUUAUGACUUUUUUAUAUAUAUUUUUUUUUGCAUUCUGUGACACUGUUUUGUGUGGGAUGUUUGGGUUUUGUUCAUUCACUCAUCAGCUGGUUAGAGUAGUAUUUUCAAGCCAAACAUGGGUGGGAAGAUGGGGAGGGAGGGGAUUUUAUAUUGUUUGUGAAGCUUUGUUGAAGGGUUUAGCGUUGCGCUGAUCUUAGUUGAUCCACAGCCUAAAUCUCAGGCUGUGGUUAUCAGUCGGAAAACCGUUUCACCCCUUCAUGUUUCUGUACAUUUUGUUGACAGCGCAGCUGUCCUUUUGAUGAAUUUUUUUAUAUAUAUAUACAUAUAUAUAUAUAUAUAUAUGAAGCACUUGUUCUGUACUGCCUAAAUCAUUUUUUUGUUUCCUUUUUUGCUGCCUUUCGUUUUCUAAGCCGUUUGUUUUCCGUGAUGCAGUUUAACCUCUGUCGUUCAGCUCUUUAGUCUUUUAUUUUAUUUUUUUUGUGUCCUGUUUUCCAUUUAUAGUGACGAGACUUUUUUUUUAUAUAUAUUUUGUGUGACUUAAAAAAAAUUUUCUCAUCAGUCCAGGGCGAUGCCAAGCUGUUAUAUUUUGUUUAUUAAAAAAAAUUGAUGAACUGGCCUUUGUUUAAAAAAAAAAAAAGUAAAAAAAACUAAAUAAAAUUUGUACUUUUUUAUUACA